GAAGGGAUUCCUAAGGAGCUCAGGGCUUCGCUUACCGCCACCAGAUCGCUUGCGGAAAGCCGAUGUUUUCCACAUAAACGCGGUGCUUCCCUAAAGGGAGAUCCGUGGGAUUCCGCCGCGUCCCGACUAGCUCGGAACGACAAGUCGGAGCCCCGCGUUUCCACAAGUUACCUCUUCGGCGACCACUUCCGCUCGGGGGGUCUGGAAUACCCGAGGCCCUUUGGCGGCGCACUUCGGGAAAGGCACUUCCGGUGUCUGUUGCCUAGGCGCCAGCCCUGUGGGCCUGAAGGGGCGACGGUAGUGGCUUUGCCCUGACCCCCGUUCCUGGGGGUCGAGAUGUCGGGGCUCAGCGUCACAGAAAAGAAGGGCUGUCAAAACCUGCUAAGCCUACUGGACAACGACGAGAUCAAGGCCCUGUGCGACACCGUCACCAACCGCCUGGUGCAGCCUGAGGACCGCGAAGAUGCCAUUCAUGCAAUAGUAGCAUAUAGUCAAAGUGCAGAAGAACUUUUGAAGCGCAGAAAAGUCCACCGAGAAGUCAUAUUUAAGUACUUGGCCACACAGGGGCUAAUUAUACCUCCGGCUACUGAAAAACACAAUCUUAUUCAACAUGCAAAAGAUUACUGGAAAAAGCAAUUGCCACUGAAAUUGAAGGAAACACCAGAGCCAGUGCAGACAAAGGACAUUAGAUUCUUUCAACAGGAGGAAAAAGAAGAUAAGAAAGCUGAAAAAGUUGAUUUUCGUCGAUUAGGAGAAGAAUUCUGUCAUUGGUUCUUUGAACUUCUUAAUUCUCAGAAUCCUUUUCUGGGACCACCUCAAGAUGAAUGGGGGCCACAGCACUUCUGGCAUGAUGUCAAGCUUAAGUUUUAUUACAACACAUCUGAAGAGAAUACGAUUGACUACCAUGGAGCAGAAAUGGUGAGCCUUCGGCUGUUGUCAUUAGUGAAAGAAGAAUACCUUUUUCUCAGUCCAAACCUAGAUGCCUGUGGACUAAAGUGUGCUUCUUCCCCCCAUGGUCUAGUUAUGGUUGGAGUUGCUGGUACUGUUCACCGAGGAAACACUUGUUUGGGCGUUUUUGAACAAAUUUUUGGACUCAUCCGCUGCCCUUUUUUGGCGAAUACCUGGAAAAUCAAAUUUAUCAACCUGAGGAUUAUUGGAGAGAGGUCCCUUGCUCCUGGAACAUUAACAAAACCAGCUAUUCCAUUUGAACCCUGUGAAGUGGAGUCCUUUUAUAAUGUAGUCACUGUAUGUGGAACCGUGGAAAUACGACUUAAUGUAAGGCAGGCCUUGAAUAGUGGAAAUGGAGACCAGCCUUUAUGUGGUGGAAAUGAGGCCUUUUUGAACAAAAAGGAACUGAACUUACCUGAUCCUUUAAAGCGAUGAGCACUGUUUGUCAGUCUAAAAAAAUCUAUACACAAACUCUUCCAAAUACUACAUCAGUAAUACCUAAGUGAUUUCAGAUGUGAGGAUUGAUAUAUUUUAGUUGAAAUCUUUCUUGACUACAGACUUACAUGAGAAUACUUGCUUAUUUCUACCUACGUUACAGCAGGUGUUCUAAAUGCUUACUGCAGUUCAUCAAACAAAUUCCACUUUAGAUGUUAUAAUUAAUGGUGUGCCUUAGAAACCAGGUAAUAAUUUGGUGAAUAUUCUGCCAAAAUCUGUAUUUCUCACAUGGGAAAGGAUGACUAGUUUUGAGGGCAUUUCCUUUUUUAAGUAUUUACUUUAAAUCUAGAUAAUUGUAUGAAUGCAUCUUAUGACAGUAUUGUUCAAAAAUUACAUAGUAUACAUGUUUAAUGUAAAACUCAAAUUACCCAACAUAGGACAUCAUUCAACUUGAAUGACAUUCUUACGCAAAAGCAGGUGGAGAAAAAUUUACUUUGCCUUUUCUUAAUAUCUCAGAAAUAAUUUUAAAGCUGCCUACUGUAGUCCAAGAGAAAUAUGUUAUAAUCUGCAACAUUUUCUUAACUACUUUGGGCAGUGAUAAAUAUUGUUCUCAAAACAGACCUUAUUCCUAUCUAAGGCUUCAGCGAACAGCUUUAUAGAGCUGUUUUUUGUAACAUAAAGGAAACUUGCUGUUCAGUUUUUUUAAGUGUGACUAGUUCCUCACUUUGAAGUGAAUUACUCUUUUACUUCUUGAUUGAUCUUGGAAGAGGUGACCAGAAUGUGGGCAUGUGUAGAUACACAUAUAUAUCAUCAUAGUCCCACAUCAUAAAUAAAAUGGUUAGAAUUUUGCACCUCUAAUUUGUCUUAAUUGGUUUGAGUUAACAAGGUUAAGUUGCCAGGUUAAUUACAUAGCUGCUUUAAAUUUCUCAUCACCCAGCAACAAAUUGCCAAGCCUGAUUCAAUUAGUAAUUUUAAAGUACAAAAAAUGCCAUUUGGAAAAAAAUUCAACCAGAAAAUGUUGUGAUGAUAUAUCGUACAUGGUAAUUUUUUACCUUUAACUCUGCUCAUGAUCAUUCAGGGUUAAUGAUACAAAUUUUGGAAACAGGAGGGAAGAACUCAUCUUUUUUGUUUUUUUAAUACUAUGCCUCUUAUGAGGAGUACAAAUUGAUAUGUCCUAAAAUAAGAACUUAAUAAAGGAAGGAAAUACCUUUUGUCUACUCUAAAAACAGUGUAUUAUUUAGAUUUAAAGCCAAGUUACCUUUUCCUUUGAGUUACGAAAUUUCAUUAUAACAUAUAUAAAUACCUUAGAGUAUGAAAUUAAAAACACUUCCCAUCUAUUUUUGUUGUGCUAUUGAUGUCAAGUGCUGCAGAAAUAUUACUGCAGAUUCCCAGGAUACAUAGGGAUUUCCUCUGGCUAUCUUCAGUAUUGAAUUUUUUAUUUUGUGUAAUGCUCAAGAUGGCAAAUCUGUGUGUUCUUUCAGUCAUCCUUAAAAAUUGAAAUUUUCCUGAUAUCUAUUGAGGAUUGGAACUGUGUUGUAUUUUGAAUCCCCACAGCUGGACACACAGUAGGACCUAAUUUAAGGGAACAGGUGAAGGAAUGACCAGGAAAGUAUAAAAGAUUUUGUCUUUAGUUCUCAUCAGUGAUUGUUUUGAUCAUAUUGUCUGUUUGCAUUUCAUGUGUGAGUACACAGAACCUUUCAGGUCCCAAACUAAACCAGAUUUGGGGAAAAUAUUUUCAUUUAAAAUUAGCUGAAUUUUAAAAGCCAAGGUCAGGGUGGGAUAUCCUGGAGGGCACUAAGACUACCAAGAAGCCGUUACAAGGGAAGUAUAGGAAGAAACACUGUUCUGAGAAAGAAAAUACUGGAGAAAUUGAAAUUUGUAUAUGAAGUUUAAAGUGUGAUUAAGCCUUUGAGGUCAAAAAGCAUAAUGCAAUUAAACUUUUAACUACCACCCAUUAUUCUAUUUAUAUUAUGGAAUGGCAGACUCCAGUUUUAAGACUUUGCUGCUUCCUUACAUUUAGUUGGUAUUUGGAAAACCUGUGGGGUCAAGUAGUAAAGAAUACAGCAUUCUGUACACAUAAUUCAUAGUAAUUGGGUGUUCAAACCCGAGUGGUAUCUGGAUUUUACUUACUGUAGGCAGUUGCCUUUUUCUAAUAGGGUAUAAGUCACAAAAUUAUUUAGAAUGCCAAUAAAAAGCAUUUCAUGUCUCAUAUUAACAAAAUAUUUAAUAAUAAUAAUUUUAAAAAGGCCAUCCAAUUUAUUAAAUCAAUUUGGAAAUGGCAAACACAGGUCAGGAAACUUCCUGGAUUUUAAGAAAGAUAAAAUGUUAUGCUAAGGAAGACUACCUAGUUCCAAGAGGAAAUUAUAACACCAGGAAAAUAUUUAAAGAACAGUUGUUUAAAGAAAAGUGAGAUAAUGGCUCUUAUGGCUAAGUAGAUCAUAAAAGUGAAAAUCACGCCUUGAAACUUUCUUGGCAUCUGUUUUUACUAAUUUAAAAGCUCUUCACUGUUCCUUAAUUUGAUUUUUUUUUUUUAAAGAUUUAUUUUAUCUAUGCAUACAAGAACUGGGGUACAGGCCAGUGAUGUGGGGGGUGAGAGCAUUCACUAGAGAGAGUGGGGAGCAGAACAGGCAGAUCCACUGAAAUACACUGCUGAGGGGAGCAGUGGGCAAGACGGGGGAGGUCUGCUCCAUGUGGGUUGCUCCCUAGCUGAUCGGGGAUGGAACCCGUGCUGCAGGGGCUGCCACAGGGGCUGCUGCAGGGGCUGCUGCAGGGGCUGCCAAUUUCUUGAUAGCGCUGUCUUUAACCCCUGUGCCACCAGGGAAGCCCUGAUUAUUGAAUUUUGAAAAAAGAAUUAUUUGUCCCUAGAAAAAAUGUUUGGAUGUAGUAUUAUAAUUGUUGCACUUCCCUAGAUCACACCUGCGAAUCCUAUAGAUAUCCUUAUUUCAUGUUAAAGUCCUGCCAGAAUAGUUAUGUUACCCCCAGACUACUCUUGUUACUACAUUCAAAAAUAAUUUUUAGAAAAAUUUGUCCCCUUGUACCUAAAGUAGAGGACUAAAUCUUUCUUAUGAACGAAAGUAUUUGUGUAUAAUAGUUGUUAACUUGUGAAUUUUGUUUUUCAAAAGAUGACAGAUCAAGACUAUUGAGAUAUUGUCAUUUAAAACAAAUAUUCAGAAUUCAUUUUAUUUUGGCAAGAUAAAUUUAAUGAACAAUGAACAUGCUUUGGAGAAAUUGAAACUCUGAAAAAAUAUUUUAAAUGAUGUUCUCUAGACCUUUACAAAAACUCUACCCUAUGAAAAUAUUUAUUUAGGAGUAAUUGUAUAUUGCUAACUCUGAGUUUAGAAUUUUAAAAAUACAAACAUUUCCUCUAAAUAGCCUACGUAUGUCAAUCUUCCUCUUCCCACUACUCUCACCUCCCACCCUCUGUACCCUAUUUAUUACCUUUGUCUAUAGCCACUUUGAAUGCAGAUAGAACAGCAGCACUUCUAAGAAACAAGGCUUUAGGGAUCUGUAUUCUCUUCAAUUUAUUUGCCAUGUAUUUAGUGAGCACCUGCAAUUUAUAAGUCACUGAAUUAAGCAUUAGAUAAAAAUAAUACAUCAAUAGGUUAUUUAACUAAAUUUAUGUUGAAGUCAAAUCUCAAUCUGGGUUUAGAGUUUUAAAGAAAUUAUAUCAGAACUGUAUCAAUGUGCUAAAUCCAUUUACCUUUAUUUUACUUUAAAUGUUUCCUAUAGUCUUUCAGUAAAGCAUUCAUAUUAAAAUUGAGUGUGGAUAUUUACUGUUAUAAUGUUCUUCAAAAUAUUAAACCAGAAACGUCAGAGUUGGUUGUAUUACACAUAAAAUGUUAAGAGAAUCACCGGCUUAGAAUUCGGUACUUUUAAUUUUCUGUUUCCAGUACUGCCACAUUUCGUUGUUUUUUUGCAGUGAGCCAUUUAGUGACUAUUCUUUGGUUUUCAUCUUUGUUUUGGAUAUCUGAAAUCUCAAGUAUGAAAUUAGUUACAUUUGAAUUAUUGAGUGUAAGGAUUGAAGGAAUGCCCUGUUGCCUACUACCAACUGUGUGUUACAUGUCUGACUUAAUAUUUUUCUGAGCAAAAAGUAGAAUCUAUAACUGCUUAGAAAAGCCUUUUUCCUGAAUCAUUUAGUUUCAUAAAUUUUUAUUAAUCAUUUCAUCUCUACUAAUUAUACCUGCUCAGUUACUCAUUUAGUAAUUUAAUACCACUUGGAAAAAAUAUAUAGUGUUCAGGUUUAACAGUAUUACUUAUGAAAAAGAAUAAAGAUUUGGGUAAUAUAUAAAUAUAUGUAAUAACUUAUAUCAAAUUAUUUCACUGGGUCACCUUAAUCUGUAUUCCUUUCCUGAUCAUAGAUACCAAUGUGCUUUCAACUUCAGAAAUAGUCUUAGUUUUAAAACAUUCAGUUUCUGCUACAUUAGGAUGUAGUAUAUCUGUAGUAUCAUACUCAGUUUCACCUGCUACUGUAAUGAGACCUUUUUUACCUAACUUUUGUCUUUUUUUAUUAUUUAAUAUUUCUCACAUUUGUGAGAAAUUAGAGUUUUCUUAAAAUACAACUUUGAUCAUACUGUCCAUGCUCAGAAUUUUCAGUGUGGUGCAUUGCUUCCCAAAUAAAGUCCAGAUUUCAUAAUCACUUCAUCACCACUUGGAUGAUGACUACAGGUGUUUUUUGCAUUAUUUGACCUAGCCGACAUCUGUUAAGUAGUAUUUAUCCUGUGCUUAAUCAGCCCCCUGCUUUUUAUCAGCAGUUACUCAAAAUUGAAGAGUUCAUUUUUUGUUGUUGCAGACAGCCUGGUGCUAUAGAAAAAAAAUAACCUACAGUUGAAAUGGAAUAACGAAAUUAUUUUUUUUCUCUUUAGUAUUUUUUUAGUAUUUUUCUCUUUAGUAUUUUUUUCUCUUUAGGAAUUUUGUGUAUGUAACCUGUCUAGGAUAGUCUUUUCCCAACCCUUUGCCUGGCUCCUUCAUUUUCAUCUUUGAAGAUUUGACUUAAAUGUUUUCUCCUUUCUAGUGGACCCUCUUGUAUUUGUCAGAGCACACUGUUUCAGUCUGAGCACCUUAGUUAUUAUUAAUUUAUUAGUCUUCCCCAAUAGAUUUAAGCUGAGCGCAGGGACUAUAACUUUCACUUUCAUCACUUUCACUUUCCAUCGCUAUACAUAGACUUGGUGGGUAUUUGGUAGAUUGCUGUUUACUAAAGAUAGAAGCAAGGCAACAAAUGGUAACGUUUAUUAAGAGCCUCAUGUAAUGCCUAUCUACUAAAGACAAUGUCUAGCAUACAUAUUGUUUAAUGAAUAAAGCCAAAUUAAUCUUCCUGAAUAAUGUUAUAUGAGCUCUAUCUAAUACUCUGGUAGAUGGAAUUACUAAAGUUUUAUGCUUUUGUAAAAGGUAAAAAAACUGAGCCCCCAAUGUUAGGUAACUGCUUGAAGUUCACCCAGUUUUGUUGUGGGUUUUUUUCCUCUGACUUUUGGGCUUUAUUUUUCAUUUUUAACUGAAUUUAAAGCUUACUUUUUUUUUUUUCUUGCACCUUAUUUCCAUUCUGAUUAUUGCUGCUAUCUUAUUUUGGAAGAAUGUAAACUCUAAUCCUAUUCUAAUGAAAUUCACAUGAAAAAAUGACUACUUAAGAGAUUUCUAAAGUACUCCAUUUCUGAAGUUAAUGAUUUUGUGAUUAUUUGCAGCCUCAGCAACUCAAAAACAUUGCUAGUAAAGGAAUUUAUAGUUUGUGUUAAUUUAAGUCGUUACGAUUUUACUUCCUCAUACAAUUUUUGGAAAACACUUCAUUGUGUUUUCAAACAAAUAUACAUGUUUAAAUAUAUGUAUGUUGAAUAUUUCUUAUUUAUGGGGGGGAGGAUGAAAAUAUACUUAAUAUCUAGAUUAGAAAAGGGGGUAAAGUAUAAAGUCUUUAAGAUAUUUUCACAUCACUAGAGAUUCUGAAGCUGUUUGUCACUGCUUGUUCUAUGAAACCUUGUUUGUUGCCUAUGUUCAAAAUAUGUUUCCAUGUUUUAGUUAAGAAAAGUGCAAAGUGGUCAGCAGAAGGCCAUAUUAUAUUAAUAGAUUGUCAGUGAUCCUGCUAAAAACAAAGAUAUGAAUAAAAUAAUCAAAUGUAGGUGAUUCCCAAAGUUGACUAUGUAAUAUGUGUUGGCAAAUAUUUGAGUGACAUUGGAGACAAGUGGCAGAUUUGGGAUAGGAUUUUCCUGUAGGUGCAAGGCCCUGAAUGUGUGCUGCUCACAGGUAUUGAAAGUUACUCCAUGAAGUUAAUGGAAAGCAUUUAUUUAACAAAGAUCUGAGGUUUUGCUGUACUGACUACUGGUUUUGCUGUACUGCUGUACUGAUAAGAGCAGUACAGCUUGAUGAUAGAAUGAGCUUAGCGUACAAAACAUGACAGGGAUUUUAAUGCUGGAUCUAUAGACUAUAAAUCAUUGACCACCAAUAGACUCCUAGGAAUUAAGAGAAGUAGAAUAAGCCACGAGUUUAAUGCUGCGAGAGCAACUUUAUGUUAAAAGAGUUUACAACUGAGGAAAAAGUUGAUUUUAAAUAAUGUGUCAGUAUCUUAAAUUUUUUUGACUUGGUAAAUGUUUAUUGAGCACUUACUCUAUGAACCAGGAAUUUUAGUACAUAAAGUAAUUUUUCUAUUUUUUAUGCUUUUCUCACUUUAACUUGUAUAA